CUGAUGUACACACACAUACACACUCAUGUAAUCUAAGACAUGACAGCUGAAUAAUGUAGUGUAGACUUUAAGACCGCUGUAAUUUUAAAUUCUACCAGGUCUUUAGGAGAAUAUUUCACACACACUCGAGUGUAACACGAUUACUGCAGAGAUCAGAACAGACAGGACAUUAGAUAUGCAGAACAGUUCCAGAGGUGGUGGUUCAUCGGAAUGCGAAUAUGCAAAUUGGGAGAAACCCCGAAAUUCCUGGAACAAAAACAAGCAGGAUCCUCAAUGCUCAGGAGGUGAUACAGCAUGGAGCAGAUGUUCCAGGUUGAUGGCAGUGUGUGCAGCGCUGCUGUGUGUUCUCCUGCUGAGCGUCACUAUACUGCAAUCAGUGAAACUCAACAACAUGACCGGAGAAAGAGACCAGUUGCAGAUCAGGUAUGACAACAUGACCUCAGAGAGAGACCAGCUUCAUGCUGAGAGAGAUGAACUGCAGAAGAUACAGAAGAAGUUGAAUUAUACCAUCCAGCAGCAUCUGAGAUAUUUUGUCACAAAGCACACGCGCUGGAACGAGGCUAGACAGGAAUGCAGAUCGAAAGGAGCCGACCUUGUGAUCAUCAACAGCCAAGAAGAACAGGAGUUCCUCAGUCAGAUGUUUAGUGGUGAGGCUUGGAUUGGUCUCAGUGACAGUGCUGAAGAGGGGAAGUGGAUGUGGGUGGAUGGCACAAAAAUGACCACAGGGUUCUGGUGGCAAGGAGAACCUAAUGACUACGAGCAAAAGGAGGACUGCGCUGCAACUGGCAGCAGACAUGCUAAAGCCAAAGUUACGACAUGGGCUGAUUAUUCCUGUGAAACUGAAUUAAAUGCAAUUUGUGAAAUGGAGGCAAAAUGAUUAGAGCAGAAAUCUGUUUUAACUAAAAAAAAAAUAUGUGUAUUUUGUUAAUCUGUUUCUUAUCCAGGGUCAAAGUCAUGGUUUAUGCCAUAUUCAGAUAGUUUUGUAAAAAUGUUGCAGGGCAGUGAUGAUUUUUUUUAAAGGAAAUAAUCUGAAAUCAAUAUAAUCAAAUGUAGUCAAAUGCAGUAUAAUCUGCAAAAAAAUGAAAGGAAAGAAGAAGAAAAGGGGAAUAAUGGCAAUGCCAGGAAAUUAGAAAACUGUUUCACAUGUUAGGACAGAUUAAGUAAAUGUGCAAGAUGUAGGUGAGAUGGAUAUUUCUUUGAGACCUGGAAACCCUGUUUUUCCCUGGAUUAAACCCUGUGGUUGGGGUGUGUCCCUUAAAUCCCUUGGAUUAAACCCUGUUUAAUCCAACAUCAAUUAUAAUUUUAAAGAGUCAAAAUUAUUCCACAGGUAUUCUGACCAGUCAGGUUUCCUGUAUCAUCAUCAUGCAUUACCUUAUUAUUUAUAUGCUUUUUGCUUGGUUAUCUUACUAAAUGAUGAACUGAUAUUACUCAAUAGAGAGAUCUGGUCUAACUACUGUAUAUCAUCUGAUUUUAAACUUUUUCGCAGAAGCCAAAAAAAAAUGGAAUUUGCAGUUGUUUGGUUAUGUUCAUGUUGAUGAUUGAAUGUCUUUGUCAUGUCCCACUCCACAGUGGAGGUUAAUAUGAAGCUCAUAUAAAAGUAGACACUCAGGACUUUAAGAAUUUGUAGUGUUUCAGAAGUAUUUCUGUUUUUCCCUAUCCUACUAGUAUAUGGCGUCAAAUUCGCACCAUAAGUAUCAUACUCGUAAGAAAAAAAUACACGUGAAUCACAGAAUUGAACACAAAAUUUUAAAAAAUAAUACAAACAAACAAACAAACAAAAAAAAAAUUAAAAACAAACUUCUAUUUACUGUUCUUACUUUACUGCUUGUUGUCUCUGCUACUUUUUGCUCGUUAUUUAAUUUUCUGUUUAUUCACCGUUCACUUUUGUUCUUCUUUCCAAGUUGCUAGUUUCCAUUCCAGUAAAAGUCUCCAUUGGUCCACUGCUCCUCGAGGAAGAAAGCAAUGUCAUCCACACCUGAACAAAACACCUGGGACAUUUCAGAACCAUUUUAGACAUACUGUAUUACAACUGAUUCAUUGGACAGUUAAUACUAACGUAUACAUUGAUAUCGAUUACAUGUAGUAGUGCGGAAUCACAGAUCUUCUCACUUGCUCAAGACAGGUUCAAACAGUAACAGUGUCGCAUGUCAGUGACGUCACUUUGCUGAUUGGCUAGAGAAGGGCAGUAGGUUGAGAAGCAGUGGACCAAUGGAGACUUUUAUCCCUGCCCCCUAAUCUGCAUUAAACUCCAGUUGUGAUUUUUGGAAUAACAAACUAGCAACUUGGAAAGAAGAACACAGAAAAGUGAACCACGAAUA